AUGUCAAUCCAACUUCUUAACCCUAAGGCCGAGUCUAUCAGACGUUCUCAGGCGUUACUGGUCAACAUCAAUGCCGCCCAGGGCUUACAACAAGUUCUUGCUUCCAACUUGGGACCCAAGGGAACCUUAAAGUUAUUGGUAGAUGGAUCAGGCGGAUUAAAGUUGACUAAGGAUGGAAAAGUAUUAUUAUCGGAAAUGCAAAUCCAGCAUCCAACUGCAGUGAUGAUUGCAAAGACAGCAGCUGCUCAGGACGAGAUUACCGGUGAUGGCACCACUACAGUUGUCCUUUUGGUUGGCGAAUUACUCAGACAAGCUGAAAGAUUUAUCAGUGAAGGUGUUCACCCAAGAGUGAUUGUUGAUGGAUUUGAAGUAGCUCGUGAGCAAAGUUUGAAAUACUUGGAUGAGUUCAAAAUCUCCGAUAUAGACACCCAAGAUCGUGAGUUUUUACUUCAAGUGGCUAAAACUUCAUUAGUGACUAAGGUUCCUCAAGACUUAGCCAAUGUAUUGACUCCAGUUGUCACAGAUGCAGUGUCUCUCGUGAAGCAAGGUGAAAAUUUGGACUUGCACAUGAUAGAAAUCAUGACAAUGCAACAUGGAAACGUUAUGGAUACAGAGUUCAUAUCUGGUUUGGUACUUGACCACGGUGCCAGACACCCAGACAUGCCCAAGAGAGUUGAAGAUGCGCACAUAUUAAUCCUUAAUGUUUCAUUGGAGUAUGAGAAGACUGAAGUUAACUCUGGAUUCUUUUACUCGACGGCAGAACAAAGAGAAAAGUUGGUUCAAUCAGAAAGAAAGUUUGUUGAUGACAAAUUAAAGAAAAUCGUGGAGUUAAAGAAUCAAGUUUGUGAGUUAAACUCUAACAAGGGCUUUGUUAUCAUAAACCAAAAGGGUAUCGACCCCAUGUCCUUAGAUGUUUUGGCAAAGAAUGGUAUCCUUGCCUUGAGAAGGGCUAAGAGAAGAAAUAUGGAAAGAUUACAACUUAUCUGUGGAGGCGAGGCUCAAAAUUCUGUUGAUGACUUGUCCCCUGAAGUAUUGGGAUACGCUGGACUUGUCUAUGAAAACUCAAUCGGUGAGGAUAAGUUCACUUAUGUUACAAAGGUUAAGAAUCCAAAAUCUGGUACUAUAUUAAUUAAAGGCUCAAACAACUACAUUUUACUGCAAACAAAGGACGCGGUCAGAGAUGGGUUAAGGGCUGUUGCGAAUGUGGUUAGAGAUAAAUCAAUUGUUCCAGGAGGUGGUGCAUUUUUUUUGAGUUGUAGUGCUUUCUUGAUGGAUUCAAGAAAGAAUACCAAACUUAAGGGUAAAAACAAGAGCGGAAUUCAAGCAUUUAGUGAAGCUUUGUUGGUUAUACCUAAAACCUUGUCAAAAAAUGCCGGCUUGGAUUCCUUGGAAACUAUAUCCAACUGUCAGGACGAAAUUGUAGAUGAUAGAGUUGUUGGUGUCGAUUUGAAGACUGGUGAACCAAUGGAUCCAACUUUGGAAGGUAUUUGGGAUAGUUAUCGAGUAUUAAGAAAUGCUAUAAGUGGUGCUGUCACUAUUGCUUCCAACUUAUUGUUGUGUGAUGAGUUAUUGAAGGCCGGAAGAUCUUCAUUAAAAGAUCAACAGGGCCAACAGCCACCAAUGGGACCUAUGUAG